AUGGCCAAGCUCGAGCAACUGCCAAUAGAAGUUCUACUUCUCAUCAUCGGUAUGGUCCGACCGAACCGAGACUUCUUGGCUUUCUCGCGGACCAGUCGCUCCAUCCACAAUCUGACCAAAAACGAAUUACAGAUGCGACGAAAGUAUCGUCGCAUUCGAAUCAAGGAAAGUAGCGAUUUUGACAAGGCUUUUGCUAUCUUACUGUCUAUCUUGCGUCUACCUCAGCUUGGCGACUAUGUUCACCAUAUUGAAUUUGACCGGCCACCCAGCGGAUACGCUGACUAUGAAAUCAAGAACGACGACCUGAAGGAACUCAGCGAUGAAGACCAUACGAGAUUGCGGCAAACCGUCAAAGAUGCCGGCUUCACAGGCGAAUAUGGGGAGAAGAUUAUUAACAUGGUCUUACAGCCGAACAAUUUUCAAGGGGCUUAUUAUGGAACCAGACAGGACGAAUUGCGACCUUCUUGGGUCGCCCAGGCACUCACGGCGCUGCUGGUUUCUGUGUCUCCUAACUUGGAAUCCAUGGCGGCAAGCCAACCUAUGUUUAAUUUCACUGGAUAUCAUGAUGCGGAAACUCGUGCGAGGAUGGGGAUGACAGAGGAGAUCCUGCGAUUUCCACUUGAAAAAUUACUAAUAGAAACCAACGCUCAGCCGGAAGAUAAACUCUACCUACAAAAUCUACGCUCCGUAGAGAUUCUCCCGCACCAAGAUAGCACCUGGGAGGAUGAGCGAUUCUACACAGGUUUCGAUUUAUUUGGUAUGAUUUCAUUAUUCGAUCAACUUCCAUCCAUGGAGCGUAUUGGAGUUGACACUGUGAUUGAGGAUGAGAAUGGGCUCCAUGACCUCGAACCCGCCUCGUCGAAUAUUAGUCGAAUCCGGAUCGACCAUUCCAACUUGCAAACAUGGUUUCUCUCGCCUCUAAUCAAUUCAUGUAAAGUUCUGAGAGAAUUUCACUAUACCAUCGGUGGUCGUAGCAGCCUUGAUGGCUCAUUUGCGGCUUUCAAUCCUCGGACUUUCCUCAAAGCGCUCCUGGGCCACAAGAUAACUGUAGAAAUUCUGCAUGUCGAUGCGGACAAUGACUGUUACUUUGCUGAGAUGGAAGAAUACGGUGAUCAUCGAGCGGUUGAACGCGAAGAGAAUGAACAAGAACCGGCUCACAAUGAUCCACAGGGACUUUGGGAGCGAACCGGUUCUCUACGAGACCUUUCGGCUUUGUCUAAGCUUAAUAUCGGAAUUGGAAUUCUCUUGUUCUUAGCGCUAGGCACUCAAGGUAUGGAAGCAGGGGACCCUUAUAAUACAUCAUUUGACGGGCUUGUGCUUGCGGAAUCGUUGCCGGACACCCUUGAAUCACUCGUCAUCAUAGGGUAUGAAAAGGGCGUUCGGGCGGACUUUGACAAAAUCAUCGACCAGUUCAUGAUUGAUAAGGAUGAAAAGUUGCCCAAGUUGAAGCACGUCACUGGUAUUGAAGAAAUGAUCAAGAGGGCCGAGACAGUCCGUUCUCCAGACGACGAGAGCGAACUCCUGUGGGAACCUGAGGAAGAGGAGUGGUCAGAGUACGAAUACUGA